CGCCCGGCGGUCAGCUGAUGGGCCGCCCGCGGGGGAGGCCGCGGCUCGAACAUGGCGGCCGAGAUCCACUCCAGGCCGCAGAGCAGCCGCCCGGUGCUGCUGAGCAAGAUAGAGGGCCACCAGGACGCCGUCACCGCCGCGCUGCUCAUCCCCAAGGAGGACGGCGUGAUCACCGCGAGCGAGGACAGAACCAUCCGAGUAUGGCUGAAAAGGGACAGCGGGCAGUACUGGCCCAGCAUCUACCACACGAUGGCCUCUCCUUGCUCUGCUAUGGCUUACCAUCACGACAGCAGAAGGAUAUUUGUGGGCCAGGAUAACGGGGCUGUAAUGGAAUUUCACGUUUCUGAAGAUUUUAAUAAAAUGAAUUUUAUCAAGACCUAUCCAGCCCAUCAGAACCGAGUGUCCGCCAUCAUCUUCAGCCUGGCUGCCGAGUGGGUGAUCAGCACCGGGCACGACAAAUGUGUGAGCUGGAUGUGCACACGCAGCGGCAACAUGCUUGGCCGCCACUUCUUCUCGUCGUGGGCCUCCUGUUUGCAGUAUGAUCUGGACACUCAACAUGCCUUCAUCGGGGAUUACUCGGGACAGAUCACCCUGCUGAAGCUGGAGCAGAACUCCUGUUCAGUUAUCACGACCCUCAAGGGACAUGAAGGUAGUAUCGCCUGCCUUUGGUGGGACCCUAUCCAGCGGUUACUCUUCUCGGGAGCAUCCGACAACAGCGUCAUCAUGUGGGACAUCGGGGGACGGAAAGGCCGGACACUGCUCCUCCAGGGCCACCAUGACAGGGUGCAGUCCCUGUGCUACCUGCAGCUCACGAGGCAGCUCGUCUCCUGCUCGGCAGAUGGUGGCAUUGCAGUGUGGAACAUGGAUGUUAGCAGAGAAGAGGCUCCUCAGUGGUUAGAAAGCGACUCCUGUCAGAAGUGUGAGCAGCCCUUCUUCUGGAAUAUCAAACAGAUGUGGGACACGAAGACCCUGGGGCUGAGGCAGCAUCACUGCAGGAAGUGUGGGCAGGCCGUCUGUGGGAAAUGCAGCAGCAAGCGGUCCAGUUACCCCGUCAUGGGCUUUGAGUUCCAGGUUCGAGUUUGUGAUUCCUGUUACGACUCCAUCAAAGAUGAGGACCGGACUUCUCUAGCAACGUUUCAUGAAGGGAAACAUAACAUUUCCCAUAUGUCCAUGGACAUUGCAAGGGGACUGAUGGUGACCUGUGGGACAGAUCGUGUUGUGAAGAUAUGGGAUAUGACUCCUGUGGUGGGCUGCAGCCUGGCAACUGGAAUUUCUCCACACUGAUCCCGGAGCUGGGCGAUGUCUGCUACACGUUACGCACAGCAGCCUCCAUGAACGGAGACCCUUCAUGUAGCUCCACAGCCACUGUCACAUAAAUGGACAGUAACCACCUAAAAAAACAAAUCAAUAUUUUUAAAAAGAAAAAAAAAUCUAUAUAAAGGUGUGUUUUAGGGUAUUUGUGGAAAUCUUCUGCGGGGACUAACACCUAAAAGGUCUGUCCACAACAGUCUCCUAAGGAAUGGAAUUUCCCCAACAAAACUGCCUCAUGAACAUUGACCCAAUGGAUAAGGAGGGGACAGCCAGCAAAUGAAGGGUUUAGAAGGGGAAUGGUUAACACAAGAGGUUAGCACUUAGAACUUCUUAGAUGCAAGCCCACGAGCACACAUGGCGCCCACUGAGGGGGUCUUUGAGGUCCCUGAGGGUCCUCCAGUAUGCAAUUAGGAGCUGGGGGAGAGCUGUCUGUCUGUCUGUCUUUAGGGGAGGUGUCCAGGUGUAAGAAACCUAAGCUUGCCAUACAAACGCUCUCUGCACCGAGUUGCUGAUGAACUUUGUCAGGAUUCCUGUUCUGUCAGGCCGUGUCCUAAUCUGCUCUUGGGUUUGGCCCACCGCAGUUGUCUCUGUCUCGGCCAGUGUCCCAUGGGUGAACCUUUACAUCUGUCACAUGACAAGGCAGCACACAUUCAUCUCUUUCUCCCAAACCUGCUCUGUGGACAAAGCUUUCUUUUAUGGUGCUGAUGUGCAAGCCUCCUGGCAUUCUUUUCUGUGUAGCUAGUCAUGACCCGUGGCCAACUCAGCUACCACCAUGGCAGAGGUGGGUGCCAGCAGCCUGCUCCAUGGGACGGCCCAGCCUUGCUAACUGGUACAUGUGUUUGCAGUCCCAAGACAAGCCCUUGUGAUAUGGUAGCCAUUUAUGCCCCUCGGAAGAAGUACUCUGGAGCUUUUAGAUUAUGUUGUAGCUGUGACCAGUGUUACUCUUGUGUCAUAGGAAGAAGUCGGUGGCCCAUUGCUGAAAUUAUCAGUCAGGUCUUGUACAGUAGUCCCUAACUUGUAAAUCACUUUCAUUACAUUUCGAAAAGCUGUUGUAUGAAAUGUGUUGUCCAGUUUUUGACCAGAUUACCAGGAAAUGUUUAUGUAAGUUUGUGUUGACAGAAAGUAGCACGUGGACUAUUCCAGUAGAACCGUGGGAGCCUACUGUUUUAAAGGAUAAAUAGUGAACACCCACAGCAUCCCUGUGACUCUUGCUAAUGGGUAUCGAUUUAAAAUCUCACUGUAGCACUAUGUUGGAUUACAUCAAGAGCAGGGCCAUUCUGCCAGAUAGGACUAAGGCUUUAUCACUUUAUCAACUUGGCUUACAAGGAGGGAAAAAAUUGUAACAGGCAGAAAAGCUAUGGUGUCCCAGUGGACAAGCCACAAAUAAUGGGGAAAAGAAAGGAAAGGCAGCCGGGCAUGAUGGGUUCUAUAUUUACAGAGAGCUUUCGUCUUCAGAAACGAGACCAAAGGGUUUUGUUGCCCCCUUUACGUUUUAUGUGUUGUCACUUUAACUGGUGAUCCUUCACCGGAUUCUCCUUACACUAUACAAGAUGUAUAUUGCUGGAAUGCUUUGGACAAGAGAGUAGGUGACAUUUGGAACUACAAUGUAGAAUGUUCUCCUUGCUCUGCUUAUUUUAGCUGAGUCUGUGGUCUGCCCAUGCAAGGGAAGAAGACGUGGCAGAGUCACUGUCCUGUGGAGUAGGGCUGUGCUGUGUGUGGAAUAUUUUCCUAACAGCAGCUGUAAAAUGUGACUUUUCGAUAUCUGUGGUAGAUUAAACUGAAUAUUCUCUCUCUCUCUUUUAUAGCCUCUUGAUAUAAAACCCUGUGUCCCAUAGAGAACAUGGAGUUGGUUUGGGCCUUUUAAGGAGCUAUUAGCAAUCAAGGGGAAAAAUUAUAUUUAAGGAAGAAUUGGGGGAAGGGACCUUAGGAGGGAAUGCAGGCUGUUUGAAUGCGCUUCGCUCCUCACUUGGGCCUGUGGUCACUGAAGGGACAACAAGGCUCGUGCUUUUUGCCUUAUUUGGAUUCUGUCGCUAACCACAUCAUGUAAGAGUUCCUCAAGUACCAGCUACUGUCCUUCCCAUCCCAGCAUUCUCAAGCUGAUUUGUACAGACAAGGAUCAAGAAGUAGAGGACGUUAGACAGGAGUCUUGAACUUAGAUCUAGUAUGUAAUAAAGUGAUGCCAAGUCUUUAUUCUCAACAUGUUCUUUAAUGGUCCUGUAUUAGUUGGUCCUAGUGAUAGCAAUAGGCCUGUGCAUUGGCAAAAACCACUUCUUAUUCACUAGACUGUAAUUGUUUACAUGCCCCAGUCUUAACUCACCGCCUAGUGGGCAGCAGUGUUGCUGUAGACUCUUGCUUUGUACUCCUGUACAGUGAUUCAGUUUGUUAACAUCUAUAUUUAUUAAACUUGUCAAAAUUGAUAAAUAGACUAGAAGCUCAGACCCAAGAAGAUAUUUUUGAAAAUCAGGGUUUCAUUAAAAGUACUUUCUAAUAUCUCCUAAAUGACAAGAAUCAAGUUACUGUUAUUGAAAAUGAUCUGCUCAUUAUAAAUGGGAGACUUAACAAAUAAGUAAUACAUGCUAACUUCUGCAAGUGUCUGUUGCUUAAUUGUUCAUUGUGAGCAGAUUAUUGAAUGCCUCGUCUAUUUUCUGCAGUUUACUACACAAUAACUCUUUGAGUGAGUUGAAGUUUAAUCGUGCAGCAAAUUUCUAUCAGAAAACAAUUUAAAGUGUUUUACUCCGUAGCCUUUUUUUUUUUUUUAAACUCGGGAAGCAAAAGGUGACAUUAAGUAAUUCAAUAUGUCCUUGUACAGCUGUGUUUCCAUAGAGUAGGGUGCCCUGUGUAGCCUAGAGAUGCUGUGAAUCUUUGUUCUUUCUACUUGUGGGUUCCAUUUUUGUGGGCUUUGUUUUUUUGUUUGUUUGUUGUUUUGAGAAUACACAUAUAAUAAAAUAUCUCUUGCUUGUU